ACAAAAACUACACUAUUAACAAUCUUACAAGAAAUUCGAGGUUUAAAUAAUCUUGAUAAGGUUGUUGGUGAUGAUGAUGUAAAUAAAGAUGCUAUUAGUGAAAAUAAUAUAAAUAAAGAGCUUGCAGACAAAGAAGUG